AUGAGCCGAAAGCUGUGGUUGAGACCUGGCAAAACAUAUCUCUUCGGGCGGACAGUGUCGGAAGUUGGCCAGCUUGCGAUUUCACAUAACACGAUAUCUCGUAAGCACCUUACCAUCACCGUCGACAAUGUCCAGCCUGGGCAUGCAUACAAUCUCUCUAGCCGGUCUGGAGUUACAAUCGAAGACCUGAAGACCAAGAUAGGAACAGUGGUCAAUGGCCGGAAGAUAAAGGGUGACCGAUAUGUUGUUGAUGGCGACGAGGCUGAGAUCACCAUGGGCAAGUGUCCAAGCAAAUUUGUGCUAUCUUGGAAUCCCGUAAUAUUCACAUUCUCCUUCACGAAGAAGGAAUUGCAGACCCAGCCACUCACAACACUCCAAGAUCGGUUCGAGAACCUUGAUAUCAAGCUUUUGACCGAAUAUAGCGCCAAGUACACCACCCACGUCGUCUCCAAGAAGCGAAACACCGCGAAAGGUCUCCAGGCUCUAAUAAACGCAAAAUACAUCGUUACCGAGACCUUCCUCGACGCCGUGGUGGAAGCUGCGGCCGCCCCGGUUGGGGAUGGGUCGGAAAACAGCGCGCUCGAACAGGAUUAUGAGGCGAGCUGGCCUGACCCAAUAAAACAUCUUCCACCACGCGGGGGAGAGCCUGUACAGCAUCCAGACGAGACUUAUAGCCCUGACCCUGAACGGCAGGAAGUUUUCGAAGGAUACACGUUCAUCUUUUACGACAAGGCACAGUAUGACAAUCUUUUGGCUCCAAUCACCAAUGGCGGUGGGAAAGCCUUUAUGGAAAUUGUUGAGGCAGGGGAGACAGAGGUGGACAGUUUUGUCAACCGUAUCAAGGCGAUCGCUGGUGAACAGGCCCUCGGAGACGGAGGAAAAGGGGCGGUUCUUGUUAGAUUCGUCCCGGCAAAAGGAGACCAAAUACCGUGGUACACGGACUUCUUUACUGCCGUCUCCCUACGCUUGGAUCAUCGCCCAAUCGAACAGAGUGAAUUUCUGGAGGCAAUUUUAAUCAAAGAUGCCAGCAUUCUACGCCGGCCUCUGGAAGUUGACGACUCAGUAACUACCCAACCCCCUCAGCCUAACGCAAAUACACGACAAGAAGCUGUCCGGAGUGAUGCAAAUGCUGCAUCGCAAGAUGAACCUCAAGUUAUACAGGAAUCGAGACCUGCUCCUCGCAGAGGCCGUCCUCGAACCGCUGUGAAGCGGCGGUUUGCAGGAUUUGAUAACGACUCAGAUAUUGAUAUGGAUGAUACGCCGUCAGUGCCCCCCACCGAGAGCAAUACAACCCCACAGCAAGAGGAGCAAGGCUUGUUCAUGUCUCAAGAAGCCGAGGCAUCACGGGAGCCUUCGGCGCCUUCCAGGGGUAGCAGGUCACAAAGAAAAAGAUCGCCUCCGCAUGCGGAUGAUGAUAUGGGUGACAUAGCACCUGCUGCAGCCAGGUUUAAACGCCAACGGUUAGAAGCAGGCGACCAUUUUGCUUCACCGUCACCGGAGCCAGAGCCGGAACCUGAGCCUGUUAAACCACCAAAAAAGAUUAAAAAAGAGCUUGACGUACUUGCUGUAGCUGCGCAAAAUCGGGAACAGGAGGAGGCCCGAGCUCGGGCAGAGAAGGAAGACCUGGCACAUCUCCCUGAUGAUAUCGAUUUAUCACAAAUUCGCAAGCUCCAAAUUGUUGAGAAGAUGGAUAUAAGAGAUCCCUCGUCUGCUGUACGGAGUCGGGAACUGGAAAUUGCUGAUGGACGGUGGAAUCCCAAGUGGAACGGCAUGAAGAAUUUCAAAAAGUUCCGUCGGCGCGGCGAGGUCACUGGAAGGGCACCGGCAAGGGUCAUCAUCUCGCUGACCGAAGUCAGGAAUAAGGAGUUUGGAAUUGGCGAUGACUAUUGGCUGGAAAAUGAAACCCAGCGGAAAAAGAAGACCAAUAGCCAGCCGUCGGGCACCGAGUCACAACCAUCCGCACCACAGGUAGAGGCUCCGGCACGUCGAGCACCGCGGAUCAUGAUGUCUGAUAGCGAAGACGAGGCCCCGGAACCAACUGACAACAGCAGCGCGUCCCAAAGGCGGACAAGAACGACCCAGCGCGAGUCGGGGUUGGCCAGUCAGUCCUCACGGGCUACCACGCAGAGCCAGGGCAAGCGGCCGGCCCCAGAGCCUCCAAAGGCACAACCAACGAAGAGACCGCGACAGGCACGGAAGGUCAUUGAGAUUGCUGAUAGUGACAGUGACGAUGAUCUCAAAUUCAGAUUUGGCAAGAGACGGUAG